AUGCUGGAGCCACAGCAGCGACGCUGUCUGGGUCUGGGAUCGCCUUCCCCACUGCCUGCCGAAACAGGCUGUGACCGCGCCUCGUCAGACGUUCGUCCUAGGCGCAAAGCGAGGUCGUCCCUCACUGUGCAUCAGCGGGUGCACACGGGAGAGAAACCUUUCAAAUGCAGCGAGUGCGGCAAAGCCUUCUUUGACAGGUCGUCCCUUACUCGCCACCAGAGAAUCCAUACCGGGGAGAGUCCCUACGAAUGUCAGCAGUGUGGCAAAGCCUUUAGCCAGAAGAGCAUUCUCACUCGGCACCAGCUGAUCCACACUGGGAGGAAACCAUAUAAAUGCAGUGAGUGCGGAAGAGCGUUCUAUGGGGUUUCCUCCCUUAACAGACACCAGAAGGCGCAUGCCGGGGAGCCACACCAUCAGUGCAACGAGUGUGGCAAAGCUUUCUUCGAACGUUCUUCUCUCACAAAGCACCAGAGGAUACACACUGGAGAGAAGCCAUAUGAGUGCAGCGAGUGUGGGAAGGCCUUCAGCCAGAAGUGCAGGCUCACACUACAUCAGAGAGUUCACACAGGGGAGAAGAAACCCUUUGAGUGUAGUGUGUGUGGGAAAGAAUUCAGCUUCAAGUCUUCAGUUAUUGUGCAUCAGAGGCGUUAUGCCAAACAAGGGACAGACUGACCAAAGGAGAAGCAUUAGCUACACAAAGGGCCUUCCAUAAUUGUGCUAGGUCUCCAUGUCUUCUACAAACCCAGCAUUUGCUCCUCCUGUCUACUGUGGCUGCUGUCCUGUCCACCACUGCUCCACAGGGUCUGAGUAAUCAACAUACCUAGUGUGGAGUGCAGAAGCUAAAACCCGAAUCCAGAUUCAAAGUCGUGGGCAGAGCUGGCUGUUGCUCAUGCUCCUCGACCCCAGCACUGUAGAAGGUUGCUGGAGAGACUGUCAGCAACAGGGUAUGGCUUAGGAGGGAAGCCCAAAGACAUAACUCUAUGAGAACAUAGGCCCGUUGUCACUGCACUGAACUAGAUGCAGGCUAUUACAGGAGGGAACUGUCACAAUUAUGGGGAAACACCAUUUUCUCCAGAAGGUUCUAUAGUUUUAGUCCUUGUGAAGCCUUUUGGCCUGCAGACCUUGUUGUCUUUUGCCCUAGCAUUUAGUCCUCCUGGCAGUAGUGCUAACACUUAUUAAGAGCUUAUCCUGGGGUAAAUACUCACAGAGAAUUGUAGCAGGGCGAGAUUGACUGAUCCUCUAACGAGUCCUCUUGCUGUCUCUCACAGAUGAGCACCAUGAGGUUUGUUCAAGAGAUUAAGGAAUAUAUUCUGGGUGACACAAGGUGAAGCCAGGUGUCUUAGUUACUGUUCUAUUACUGUGUGGAGUCAUGCUGACCAGAGCAACCUAUAAAAUUAUUAAUUAAUUAAUUAAUUAGGGGCUUGCUUCUAUUUCCAGAGAAAUGGCAUUUCUGUGGCAGGGAGCAUGGCAACAUAUUGGUAAGCAUGGAGCUGGAGCAGUAGCUGAGAGCUUACACCUGAUCCACAGGUAGUCGGCCUAGAGAUGGGGAGACACACUGGUCUUGGCAUGGGCUUUGGAAAAUUCAAAGCCCAUCCUCAGUAACGCACCUCCUCGAACAAAGCCACACUCUGGGCUGCAGAGAUGGCCUAGUGGUUAAGAGCAUUGGCUGUUCUUCCAGAGGUCAUGAGUUUCAUUCCUAGCAACCACAUGGUGGCUCACAGCCUAAUGAGAUCUGGUGCCCUCUUCUGGUGUGCAGGCAUACAUGCAGGCAGAACACAUUAUACAUAGUAAAUAGAUAAAUCUUUAAAAAAAAGAUUUAUAAAAAAACAAAGCCACAUCCUUUCUAAAUGUCCCCAAAUUUCUAAACCCUAAUCCUUUCUAAACACUCCACCAAGGGGAAACCAAACAUUCAAAUACAUCUAUGAGCUU